GGGCGGGGGCUCCGCCGCUGCGGACGGGGAGGGUUUCGUGCGCCCGGGUGGGCGCGCUGAGGGGCUGGGAGGAGGGCGGGUGGGAGGUGAGGGUGUCGCCAUGCGGUCCCUGAACAUCACCCCGGAGCAGUUCGCGCAGCUCCUGCGGGACAACAACGUGACGCGGGAGCAGUUCAUCGCCCUGUACGGGCUGCGGCCGCUCGUCUACAUCCCCGAGCUGCCCCGGCGCGCCAAGGCGGCCUUCGUCCUCGUCUGCGCGCUCAUCUUCGCCCUGGCGCUGUUCGGCAACUGCCUGGUCCUCUACGUGGUCACCCGCAGCCGCGCCAUGAGGACCGUCACCAACAUCUUCAUCUGCUCCCUGGCGCUCAGCGACCUCCUCAUCGCCUUCUUCUGCGUGCCCUUCACCAUGCUGCAGAACAUCUCCUCCAACUGGCUGGGCGGUGCCUUUGCAUGCAAGAUGGUACCGUUUGUUCAAUCCACUGCUAUUGUAACUGAGAUUCUUACAAUGACCUGCAUUGCUGUGGAAAGACAUCAGGGAAUUGUGCAUCCACUAAAAAUGAAAUGGCAGUACACCAAUAAAAGAGCUUUCACAAUGCUUGGCAUAGUCUGGUUGCUGGCAGUUAUUGUUGGGUCACCUAUGUGGCAUGUUCAACGGCUUGAGGUUAAAUAUGACUUCUUGUAUGAAAAAGUCUAUGUUUGUUGCCUGGAAGAAUGGGCUAGUCCAAUUUAUCAGAAGAUAUAUACCACCUUUAUUCUCGUUAUACUCUUUCUUUUUCCACUGAUAUUGAUGCUUUUUUUGUACACUAAAAUUGGUUACGAACUCUGGAUUAAGAAACGAGUGGGAGAUGCUUCUGUUCUUCAAACCAUUCAUGGGAAUGAAAUGUCUAAAAUAUCAAGGAAGAAGAAGCGAGCAAUUGUUAUGAUGGUGACAGUGGUGUUUCUCUUUGCAGUCUGUUGGGCCCCUUUCCAUGUGAUCCACAUGAUGAUAGAAUACAGUAACUUUGAAAAGGAGUAUGAUGAUGUAACAGUCAAAAUGAUCUUUGCAAUCGUUCAAAUUGUAGGAUUCUUCAAUUCUAUUUGCAACCCUAUUGUGUAUGCUUUCAUGAAUGAAAACUUCAAGAAAAAUUUUCUGUCUGCCAUCUGCUUCUGCAUUGUCAAAGAAAAUGUGUCACCAACCAGGCAACUUGGAAAUUCAGGGAUUUCUAUGAGGCAGCAGAAGGCAAGUGUUUCUCAAAGAGAUCCUACUGACUCAGGUGAGGCAAGGGGGGAAGCAUUCAGCGAUGGCAACAUUGAAGUAAAGUUCUGUGAUCAACCGGCUUCAAAAAGGAAUUUGAAAAAGCACCUUUCCUUAUUCAGCUCUGAGAUUACUGGGCAUUCUGUGUUGGGAAGUGGACAGUAGCUUUAAAAAGGUUUUCAGAAUGGGAAAAAAAAUGUUCUCUUUAUAUCGUAACUUUGAACAAGCCAUUUAAAGUAGUUUUCUACUUUAAGUGUUGAAAUGAGAGAGGGGGAAAAUAUUUUGAUUAUAAUGUUGGAAUAAUGGUCAAGAAAAUGUAAUAUAUUUUAUAAAGAAAAGGAAUAAAAUUUUGGAAAACAAUCUCACUAUGCGAUUUCCAGAAAAAUAUUUUUCCUCCUCAGCUAAUUUGGGGCUUGCUUGCCCUCUGAUUUAGGUAUACCAAACAACUGUUGGUAUAUAUGGUCUGUUUAUUCUGUCUGGUUCCUGGCACUCUGCUGGACUGUACUCAGCUGAAUGCCAGAAGACAAGAACUAUGGAGAGAGUGCACACUUCCUUUGGACAGCUUAGGAAUCUCACAUGGGUCUAAUGCUGUUUAUAAGAUCUGCUCUGUGCAGCUCUGAGGACAGAGAAACUUCAUAUCUGACUUCAGGAAAAAUGCAGACUGAGAUGCAAUUCUGUUUUGCAAAGUAUGUGAAAGCCAGCCAGAAUUUGGUUCUGAAGAAAUUAUCAUUUAGAUUUCAUGCAUGUCUGGAUUUUGUUAACAGGAAGUUAAUAGAAAUUAACAAUGCACGUAUAACUAAUGUGCUAUUUUUACAAGUUAAUUUUUGGGUACAAAUUUAAAGGCCAGUGUCCUUCCCUGUAAACUGCAUUAUUCCUCCUGAAAAAGUUGAAAAAGUGCUAUACAAAUCAAGGGCCUGCAUAUCCUCGAAGUGUGGUCUGUAAACACUGGUUUUAUCUUAGUCAUGCUUUCAUAUGCAGUUUAUGGUUGGAAAUUGUGUUGCUGUUUUCUGGAGGUAUACGAGGGCCAGGCUCAGAGCCUGUUGGAGUCUGCAGAAGACUUCUAGUUGAAUACUGUCUAGUUGAAUACUGUAGUCUUUUGACCAGACAUUUCUCUGAAGAUUUGCACAAACUUUUUUCUCUCUCCCUCAUCCUUGAAGUGGAUUAAAUACUGUGGAAAGCCAGUAUUACAAAGUUGAAAUCCAUAAAAUUCUA